AUGAGAGUUGUUAUUCAAAAGGUUAAGCAAGCAUCUGUGGUCGUAGAUGAUAAGAUCAUUUCAUCGUAAGUAUUUGCCAAUAGUAAACAUAGGUUUUAAAUGAAUUGAGAUUAACUAAGAAAGAAUUAAUAAAGGUCUAAUGAUUCUUGUUGGAAUUUCAACCAAAGAUACCUUGGAAGAUGUAACUAGGUUAACAAAAAAGUUGUUAGGCCUUCGAAUUUUUGAAGAUAUUUCUAAUCCACCACUGACUGAUUCCGUACAAAAGUGGAAUGGGAAACCUUGGUCGAAAAGUCUACUUGAUGAUCCAUCUUUGUCCGUUUUAUCAGUAUCCCAAUUUACCCUCUACGGUACCAUUAAAAAAGGAACGAAGCCGGAUUUCCAUAAGGCAGCUAAAGGUAUGGAUGCCAGGAGCUUAUAUGAUGAGCUUUUGAACCUGUUGAGAAUUGGAUUGGGUAGCGAAGAAAGAGUAAAAGAUGGGGAAUUUGGAGCUAUGAUGGAUGUUUCCUUAAUAAACGAUGGACCAGUUACGAUUAUUUGGGACACCCAGGAUUCAACCUUAUAA